AUGGCACUUGAUUUUAAUGGAGUUCGGUGUUCUUCAAGCUCUUACGGAUCAACUAUGAGCCGGAAAUAUGAUGUGUUUUUGAGUUUUCAUGGUGAAGAUACUCGCACAGGCUUUACUGAUCAUUUACAUGAUAAUUUAAAACGCAAAGGAUUAAGAAUUUUUAGGGAUGAAGAAGGACUUGAAAGGGGAGAAUAUAUCAAGACAAGUUUACUACAAGCAAUUGAAGAAUCUCGUUCUGCAAUUGUUGUGCUCUCCUCAAGAUAUGCUUUUUCACCAUGGUGUUUGGAUGAGCUCCAAAAGAUUCUUCAUUCUAAAGAAGAGUUGAGUCUUCAAGUAUUUCCAAUCUUUUAUCAUGUAAAUCCAUCUCGUGUUAGAAAACAAGAGGGAAGUUUCGAAGAAGCAUUUAUGGAUCAUGAAAAAAAUUUUACUCAAGACAAAAUGAAGGUUCAAAAAUGGAGGCAUGCUUUAGAAGAAGUUGCUAGCUUAUCUGGUUGGCACUUACCGGAACGGAGAUCUGAAACAGAAUUCAUUGAAGGAUUUGCUAAAGAAAUUAUGCCUAAGUUACAUGAUGAAUCGCCAUUUGACCUUGGUGGAUUAGUUGGAAUUGAAUCAAAAUUAAAAGAGUUGGAAUCAAUCAUAGAAAGUGAGUCAAAAGGAGUUCGAUCUAUAGGAAUAUGGGGAACAGGAGGCUUAGGCAAAACUGCUCUUGCUCGAGCUUUUUAUGAUCGGAAGUGUAAAGAUUUUGAGGUUUGUUGCUUUCUUCAUAAUGUCAGAGAGACAAACGAAAAAGGUGAUUUGAUUUUGUUGCAAAGAAAACUUAUUUCUUCUUUGAAUAAAAGCAGUUUGGAAGUGGAUGAUUGUCAUCAAGGAAUGAAUUUGAUAAAAAAAAUGUUAAAGGAUAGAAAAAUUCUAUUAGUCCUUGAUGAUGUGAGUGAUAUAGGCCAACUUGAAUAUUUGGCUAGAGAGCAAGGAUGGUUUGGCAAUGGGAGUAGAAUAAUAAUAACAACAAGAGAUAGGCAUUUGUUAUCAUCGUAUAGUGUAUCUACUCAACACAACAUCAAAUUCUUGAGUGAUGACGAGUCCUUUGAUCUUUUCUAUCAACAUGCUUUUAAAGGAAAAAAUCAACCAACUGAAGAUUACUUGGAGGUUUCUAAAAGUGUGAUGGAAUAUGCUGGAGGCCUUCCUUUGGCUCUUAAAGUGUUGGGUUCUUUUCUUUGUGGAAGAACUAUAGAGAAAUGGAAGGAUGCACUAGCUAAGUUGAAGAAGGUUCCUCAUGAUCACAUUUUGAAGAUACUUAAGGUUAGUUUUGAUGGAUUAGAUGAAAAGGAGAAGACUAUAUUCUUGGAUAUUGUUUGCUUUUUUAAUGGGAUGGCCAUAGGCCGUGUCAUUCAAAUUUUAGAAACUUUGGAUGAGGAUCUUCACCCAAAAAUUGGAAUAGAUGUUCUUAUUGACAAAUCAUUGGUAAUUAAUUCUGAAGGGCAUUUGUGGGUGCAUGAUACGUUUCAAGAUAUGGGUAAUUAUAGUGUUUCUGAAGAGUCACUUGAUGAUGUUGGCAAGCGUUCUAGGAUAUUUUCUUUGAAGGCUGCCGAUUAUAUCCUAAAAAGAAAUAAGGGGACAGGAGCAAUUCGGGGUAUAGUUCUAACACUAGAAAAAUCAUUUGAAGCUUUUUGGGAUCCCGAAGCCUUAUCAAAGAUGAGUAAUCUCAAGUUACUUAUCAUUUCAAGUGGCUCAUCACAUGUUUCUGACUGUCAAUUGAAACUUCCUCGCGGACUCAAGUCCCUUUCCAAUGAGUUGAGAAUUAUUGAAUGGGAGGGAUAUCCUUUAGAUUCUUUGCCAAGACGAACUCAACUUGAUGAACUUGUUCAUCUGAAAAUGCAGCAUAGCAAGUUAAAAGAACUUUGGAGAGAAACGCAGGUUUUAGGAAGGCUUAAGUACCUUGAUUUAAGAGAUUCAAGAGAUCUAAUCAAAGCACCAAAUUUUGAUGAAAUCCCUGAUCUUGAAAUACUCAUUCUUGAAGGUUGUGUAAACCUUGUUGAAGUACAUUCAUCUCUUGGACGCCAUAAGAAUCUUGCCAGGGCCAAUUUGAAGGGUUGUAGGAUUAUUAAAAUUCUACCAAGUAAGUUUGAGAUGAAAUGGCUACAGACUCUUAUACUCUUAGGCUGUUCAAAAAUCAAACGACUUCCAGAAUUUGGGGAAAGCAUGAAAUGUCUAUACCAACUUGAUGUGGAAGAGACUAGCAUCACAAAACUACCUCAAUCACUUGUCAAUUUGACUACUCAUGCUGUUUUAAAUCUUAGGAAUUGUGUAAACCUUGUUGAAGUACAUCCAUCACUUGGACACCAUAAGAAUCUUGCCACAAUCAAUUUAAAGGGAUGCAAGAGUAUUAAAAUUCUACCAAGUAAGUUAGAGAUGAAAUGCCUGGAGACUCUUAUACUCUCAAGCUGUUCAAAAAUCAAACGACUUCUUGAAUUUGGGGAAAGCAUGGAGUGUCUAUCCCAACUUGAUGUGGAGGAGACUGGUAUCACAAAACUACCUCAAUCACUUGUCAAUUUAACUACUCUUGCUGUUUUAAAUCUUAGGAAUUGCAAAAGUUUGGUAUGCCUUCCCAAUGUGAUUCAAUAUAUGAAGUCCAUUAGAAUUCUCAAUUUUUCUGGUUGCUCAAAACUUUCAAGUCUUCCAGAGGUUUGGAAUGAAAAUGUGGCUUUAGAAGAGCUUGAUGCUAGUGGAACUGCUAUAAAGGAAGUGCCUUCAUCAAUUUGUCAGGUAAAAAAUUUGAAAUCAUUAUCUUUUAGUGGAUGCACUGGACAAGAACAAUCAUCCUUGCAAAAUUUCUUUUGUAAUUUCAGCUGGUUCUCUAGGAUUACAAGGCCUUCAAUAUCCACUGGGUUAUUGCUGCCCGCUUCUUUACCAAGUUUAUCAUCAUUAACAAACUUAGAUUUUAGUUAUUGCAAUCUCUGUGAUGAGUCCCUUCCUAAUGAUUUUAAUGCAUUGUCAUCGUUGGAGCUGCUUGAUCUGAGUGGAAACAAUUUUGUUAGCCUACCUAGUGGCUUUAUCUCUAACCUUUUAAAGCUCAACUGGGUUAUCAUCAAUCAUUGUCCAAGGCUUCAGUCAUUGCCACGACUUCCACCAAAUAUAUCUUGUACAGAUACAGGAAGUGAAAUGCCAUCAUGGUUUUACAAUCAAAAUUACUUCUAUGAAAAGGCUUGGUGGUUCAAACCAAAUGUGUCAAUUAUAGCGGAUAUAGAUGAUCAAUGCCUUUCAAGUAAAUGUUGUGGAAUAGCUGUAUGCUUAGUUGUAGAAGGACGUGGUUUUUCAUCUACUACUAUUGAAAAUGAAGGACCAGUGUUGUUUUGGAGUCUUAUAUUUCCUUACUGGCCGAGCGGGUUCACUUGGUUUGGGCUUUGGCGUAAUAGCCAACUCAUUUUAUUAUUUAUUCCAUGCUUUGAUAAGGGAAAACAUCAAAUUUCUUUUCAUGUUGGAGAACGGGCAGAAAUAAGAAGUGUGGGUGGCGUGUGGUGUGUAAAGAAGAUGUUGAAGCAUUACGAAGAACAAUGGGUGGAGGAUGCAGUAGCAGCAAUGAUUCAGACGACUGCCACACUUUUAAUGAUGAUGAUGUGGACACCCAAACACCUCUUGCUAAACGCCAAAAAUUGGAAUAAAUGGUUCCAGGUUUUUUCUUUGCGAGGAUUCUUUGUGAUUGAAUGGUUCUUGAAGUUGGUUCCUGCCAGCUUGCUCUUUUGGCUAGAGUUAGAGCUCGUUUUUUGCUGUUGGAAGUCGACCAAAAUCUCUUCCUUCUCCCUUUUACGAGCUCAGCAUUUCACUGGGUUGAGGUAUAGAUUAUGGGAUCAUUUUGCUUGUGCUGCUGUCGAGUUUUAUUUCUAUUGUGCUCUUGGUUAUGAUGCUUCUUCUCUCUACUCGAUUUUGGCUGCUACUCUGUUCCUUAAACGCAGGAGAGCUAUUCCUACCGCAUCCCCAAACAAGAAAUUCGGUUUAUUUGCUUCACCAGGUCCGAAAAUGCCAAGAAGCCAAUCCAAAAACAAUCUUCCAAUUCUCAUCCCUGGAUGUCAAGUAGAUUUAAAGUCUGAGUCGUGCUAA